UUCAUCAUAAAAUAUGAGCAUUGCAAUGCAGACAUCUUACAAAAACGCAUUUUUUUGGGAGGACCCGCCCCGGUGAAAGGAAGAAGAAAAAAAGCAAAGAAACAGGAGACAGUCUAGAAUGUCUAGAAUGUCUAUCCUCCAAAGUAUGAAAGGCGGAGAAGAUGGUGAUCGACCAACCCUCGUGCGAAGAGCACAAGUGUGUCUCAAGAAAAGCAAGCAAAACAUGGGAUGUUGCAGGACAAGACAAGACAAGAGAGAGAGAGAGAGUGUGUGUGUGUGAACGUGCGUGCACUGACAAA